UCAGAGAUACUUACAAUAUUUAACAAUGCAUAAUCUUAUAAUUCCGAAAGACGUACAUUUUUUCAAUGAUAACAUUUUCAAUUGUUCCAAUGAUUAGGUAAAGCGAUUUGAUUCACUGCAUUAAUUUCGUGGUACAUAUUGACUUGAAGAACAAGAAUGGCAAGAGUCGAAAUAACCAGCAAAGAAAAAGUAAAGCUGGCCGCAGAACAAGACCCUGAAGAUGUAAUUCCAGGCCCUCCUGAUGGUGGUUAUGGAUGGGUAGUAGUUUUGGCCUCGUUUCUAUGUAACCUAAUGGUGGGUGGUAUUUCCUACUCUUUCGGAAUAUGUAUAUCGGAUUUAGUGCAGUACUAUGGCGAAUCCAAAGGGACCACUGCAUGGGUAGGAUCUGCUCUCACUGGAUGCACCAUGUGUGCUGGACCCCUAGCAACCGCUUUCGCCAAUAAAUUCGGUUGUCGCACCGCAUGUAUGACAGGUAGCAUUAUUGCAGCAGUAGCAUUCGCUGCUUCAAUUUUGUCUCCAACAAUAACCACGUUGAUGAUAGUGUAUGGUUUCAUUGGUGGUAUCGGCUGUAGUAUGAUAUACUUGCCAGCUGUCGUAUGCGUUGGAUACUAUUUCGAAACCAAACGAUCUUUGGCUACUGGUAUUUGUGUGUGUGGUUCAGGAUUUGGAUCCUUCGUGUUUCCUCCAUUGACAACAUAUUUGAUGAAUAAUUAUGGCUGGAAAGGUACCAAUUUAUGUUUCGCUGGACUCAUCUUGACUUGUACUAUUUUUGGGGCGCUGAUGAAACCUCUGGAAUGGAAACCAACUAGGGUGACUACGACCAUACAAAAAGUACCCUCCAAAAUCACUCAUUCUAGAAGAAACUUCAGAGAAGAUCCAUCAGAAACGGAAACCAUUUACAAUUCCAUUUCAUCAGUAGAUAUGAAACACGAUAUCAUUCCACCGUUAGGUAGAAAAGAUAUAUUUUAUUCAGGGUCACUCACGAAUCUGAAAGAAUUCCAAUCACAAGGUUCCCUCAACCAUUACAGGCAAAGUGUCAUCAUUAGUGCAAGAUCAAGGUCUAAAAGUGUGUGUCUACCAAAAGGUAUCAGCGAUACCCUUCGGGCGUUACUGGACUUCAGUUUAUUGAAAGAUCCUGUAUUUAUGAUGCAAGCAAUUUCCACCAGUUUCACAAUGAUUGCAUUUUACAUACCGUUCGUCUAUAUAAUAGAAAGUGCCGAAAUUGAAGGUAUCGAAGCCAGUAAUGCCUCUUUUCUGUUAUCUCUAAUAGGUAUGGUGAAUACAGCGGGUAGAAUUGUUUUUGGAUUUAUAGCAGAUUCACCAAAAGUAGACCCUUUUCUACUCUUUAACUUAUGUAUUAGCCUAACUGCAGUUUCAAUCAUCCUCAUACCUUUUUGUCACAACUAUGGAACCUAUGUUAUAGUUUCUAUUGGCUUUGGUAUUGGUGCAUCCGGCUAUAUGUCGUUGACUGCUGUUACUCUGGUGGAACUGCUCGGUUUGGAUAAACUAACGAAUGCCUUUGGUUUGAUCAUUUUAUUCCGUGGCACCGCUGCUCUUAUCGGAUCUCCAAUGGGUGGCGCCCUGUAUGAUGCUACUCAAUCCUACCAUGUUUCAUAUUUUGUAGCAGGAGGUUUAUUCGCUGUUGCAGCAGCUGUCAGUUUCUCUACGAAAUGUUUUAAGACGAAAAAAACCUCGGAUAAAAAUGAAGUUCUCGUGUCUAUCAACGCAUGAAAUGAAUUGAUUUUAGUUUUUUUACACGUACCAAAAAUAUAUUUUUCAUUUGGA